AUGGGAAGCGAGGCAACAAGCAAUGGGAGUGCCAAAAGUGGAGGAUUCAAGUCAAGAGUACAUCGUUACUUGUAUAGUGGAGACACAAAGCAUGUCAUGGCUGGCAUGGCAAUCAUCAGUCUUGUCUUUGGUGUCCCUUGGUUCCUUAUGAACAGAGGAUCAAAGCACUCGUCCCAUCAAGAUUACAUGGAAAAGGCUGAUAAAGCAAGGCGUGACAGACUUUCUUCAGGUUCUACUGCUACAUGA